CGAGCUCCAAGAGAGAAAGAGAACGAGAGACGAGAGACAUCGCCGGCGAAAGGAGAGGAGAGCAGAGAGUGGAGUGCAAUCGAAGCUACGUACGGCCGACGAUCAUGUCGUGCCUGCUUGGCCGGGCGGCGGUGCCGGUGAAGCGUGUCUGGCUCGGCCUCUCCGCCCGCCUCGGCCUCCGGCGAACCACCGGCCUGGGGAAGCUGCGGAAUGAGGUGCGGACGUGCGAGUACAGCGACGUGCACGUCAUGUGGGAGAUGCUCAGCUCCAUGGACGCCGCCGCGCCGCCGCGCCACGCCGCCGCCGCCGCCGCCGGCAGGAAGAGGCGUCGCCCCGCCGCCACCGCCGCGUGGAGCCGCCUUGUCUCCUGCUGCUGCUGCGCCUUCUGAGAAAUGUUCAUCCGAUUCAGAGUCGAAAGGAGCCCUUUGAUUCCUUUUGCCUUCUUGGAUUAUAACAUUCGAGAGGCAGCCUUCAAAACGGAGGAAUUUGGAUGAUUUUCAUGGAAAAUCAGUUCAAUUCACUUGGAAAAAGGAUAAAAUUCUCGUGUUCAAAACGGGGAAGUAGGUAGUAGAGCAAAGAUGUGCUAUUUGCGUUUGCGUGUAUGUAUUCAUGAGUUGUAUGUACACAUAAGCUGCUCUGCUUCUGAUUCAUGUACAUUACUACUAGGAUUAUGCUCAAUGUACAAAACCAAUUUUGUUCCUAUCCUAAUUUUGUCGUGUAUUGUUCUCUU